AUGGGAAGUUCAUGUUUACCUCCAGGAUUCCGAUUUCAUCCUACCGAUGAAGAACUCAUCGACUAUUACUUGAAACGAAAAGUCGAAGGUCUCGAGAUCGAGCUCGAAGUCAUUCCCGUUAUUGAUCUUUAUAAAUUUGAUCCUUGGGAGUUACCAGAAAAGUCUUUUCUUCCAAGCCGGGACAUGGAAUGGUUCUUUUUCUGUUCAAGAGACAAAAAAUAUCCUAAUGGUUUUCGUACAAACCGAGGAACAAAGGCCGGUUAUUGGAAAGCAACCGGAAAAGAUCGAAAAAUCACUAGUCGUUCAUCUUCUAUAAUUGGCUACAGAAAAACUCUAGUUUUCUAUAACGGUCGUGCACCGUUAGGUGAUAGAACUAGUUGGAUCAUGCAUGAAUAUCGACUAUGCGAUGAUGAUUCAUCUCAAGGAUCACAAAAUUUCAAGGGAGCUUAUGUGUUAUGUCGUGUGGCUAAGAAGAAUGAGAUCAAGACUAAUUCAAAAAUCCGGAAAUUUCCAAGCGAACAAACAUUUGUAUCCGGAGAAAGUUCAGGUUAUUCGAGCCGUGUGACUUCUCCUAGUCGCGAUGAAACAAUGCCGAUUCACUCCUUUGUCAAUCCGGUUUCUUCGCAACCCGACUCUUCCAACAUUUGGAUUUCUCCUGAUUUUAUCCUUGAUUCUUCAAAAGACUAUCCUCAAAUCCAAGAUGUUGCAUCUGAGUACUUUCAAGACUUUGAUUUUCCGGUCAUUGGUAAUCAAAACGUGGAUUUUACGGAGAAUACCAUGUAUACCAACGUAGAUCAGAAUAUGGAUGAGUCAAUGCAAAUCAGUUAUUGGACAAACUGCGGAUACGAUCAAACCGGUUCAUUUGGUUACUCAGACUUCUUCUAG